AUGCAUGCGUCUUUGCUGAUGAUCUUUCUGAUGUCUAGCCUGAUGUAUGGCCUUGGUGCUAUUCUUUGCGCAUCGUCUUCUCGAGUGGACAACAUCAUUUUUCUUAAGGCCAAACAAUGUGAUGAUGGUGUCGAACAUUGUCUGAUCACACUGGGACGUUCUACAGAACCUAGAGAUGACUAUGAGCGACAUAGUUAUGGCUGCUGGCCCUGGCGAGAAUUGAAGUCUCAGUGUCCAUUGGUCAAAGGAGUUUGUCAAAUUUUACACACCACCGGUGACGAUAUAUACAAAACCUGCUGUUGCCACGGUGACAUGUGCAACAACCAAACGUUGAAAUACCUGCCUAAUCCCAGUAAAACAGUCGAACAUAUAGAUGACACUACCAAUCGCAUGGCCAAGUUCGGCAUCCGUGAUGCGAAUAACCACCCGUCAUUGUCACUCCCGUCGAAGAAUUCGGCUGACAUCGUCUCUUCCCAUAUGAUCCACAUACUUCUUCCCUGCUUCAUCGGAUUAAUUAUAGUCCUACUGGUGGGCGUCAUUAUUUUGCAUCUCUGUUCGCCCACUCAGUUUUUGCGUCGCAAGUUUACUGCGGUGAACAACUUCUAUGCUGCACGCUCUCAGUCACCUACGGAAGGUCCUGUUGGUUUUCAUUGCUCCAAUUGCUUGUCAUGUUGUGGUAGGAUAACAACGCGACGUCAUCUGUCGUCAAGUGCUCCAGUGUUUUCUGGGGAUGCCGAUUCAACCGAUGUCCAAUCUGGCUUGGGAAAGGGCUCGAACGGCCAAAGAACAGUUGUCAGAACGCAGCUAGAUACGUGUUUUCCGACAAUGUCUUUGAAAUUCAAUUCUUUGGAGUGGUCGGUCAUGCAGCUUGUGAGUCAGUCCUGUCGAACAGAACGACUUCUCGGUCGAGGUCGUUUCGCCCAAGUCUGGUUGGCGCACAUCCCCGUUGAAGUAUUGUCAGAUCCUAUUGGAGUAUUGAAGAUCAAAGGUGGACCGAUAGCAAACGGCAAGCUCACGGACCGCCCCCGUUCACCCUCGACAUUCGAACAUCAACAUCGCCAGCGCAACAGUCCCACCAGACUCGUCACUGCCGUUGGACAGUUGUACAAGAAAUUCCUGCCUACACAAAACAACCACGAGAACAACACGUUUGCGAUGAACACUCUUAAUAGUAACCCGCUGACGGACCCAAUUCCAGAACUUGAACGUCUCUUGUCGUUAAACACGGCCUCUCCGCCGAAUGCCAACCCUCCCGGUGAUUUCGCUGUUCCUGGUUCUAAGCCCGUCACCACCACCGUACCCAGCAGUGGGAGCCCGAAUUCUACGGACAGACUGAAGUCAGUCGCAGUCAAAAUCUUUUCUCCGCAUGAAUCUCGCGCGUUUUCCAACGAACUGGCAGUUUUUCGAGGAUUGCAACAAUCUCCGAUAGGUUCGGACCGUACCUCUGCCUCACCAGCUGGGAACUUGUAUCCAAGCAGCCAUCCGAACGUGGUUAGUCUGCUUGGGGCGGAUAUUGUUACUGAUACUGCUUUGAAAUCCUCCCUCACAACCCCAAUGAUCCGCGAAUACCGAUUGGUUCUGGAAUUUGCCAAUGCCGGUUCACUGCGCCACCUUUUGUCCUCCGGCGAGUGGAUCACGCUGCAACAGUGCAUGAAACUAAGUCGAGAUAUCACGAGUGGCUUAGCGUUUCUACAUGGAGAUUUGACAGACAACACAGCAGUUGGUGCUAAGCCAGCAAUUGCACACCGCGAUUUUAAACCUGAGAACAUUUUACUGCGUUCUGAUGGGAGCGCUUGUCUCUCAGACUUUGGGCAGGCAGCGUUACUGGAUCGUGGCUCUACAACCCCCCUUGAUUUUAUGUCCGCAUCGGAUACAAAAUCUCCAGCUAGUGAACUAGGAACCCCUCCCACACUGGAUGCGAUGCCCAAGGCUGGUACCUUGCGGUACAUGGCUCCGGAGCUCUUGGAUGGCGCUAUCAACUUUACCGGGGUGGCACUUUUGCGAACUGACGUCUACUCUCUGGGACUUGUCUUGUGGGAGUUACUAUGUGCAACCCUCUUAUCAGACCUAUCACCAGCGCGAAGUCCUCAAGUUUCCUCACCGUCUGAGGCGGAUGGGAUCCCUUUAGAUGGAUUGCCAGCCUGUCGCGAUAGCCCAGCGCAGCCGCGUGUACAUCAGAAAAGACGCCAUUGGUUACCGUAUGAGAGGGAACUGGGAGAAAGUUGCAGCUCGCCAUACGCACUGCGUCAAUGGGUUUCGACUGAAAAACGCCGUCCUGCAGGGAACCCAAGCUGGUUCGAACAUGCGCCACUUGUCCAAUUUUAUCGAACAAUAAACGAAUGUUGGGAUCCCGAACCGGAAGCUCGUCUAACUGCCGAUUGUGUUCUCGAACGACUGCAUGUUCUUCAGACCGAGCUGGCCAAAAGUCAUUUUCUGAGGACUAGUGCGGUUACCUCCAAUUCUUGACCAAAAAUCUUAUCUCAGCUAUUCGCCGUCCACCAGGUUCCCGUUAUUAAUCUUCUUCAAAAAAAACCAGUUCGUUGGUUUCAGCAGACUUUGCUUGUUGCAUCAGGUUUCUAACCAGAUCUCUAUGAAAUCAAAAGCCUUCUGCCUACCGAUCACCAGUUUCUCCGGCUGAUGGUGUUUUGCCUAUCUCCAGGGAUUUUCAUUAGCCUCACCAGUAGCCAAACUCGACUGGUUCUAUUGUCACACCGGUACUUGACUCCAGUGCGGUUUCCCAUAACCUGUGACUACCCAUGUAUCCUAUUUUCCCAUUCUCCAAUCCCACCACGCUGUCACCAGUCGGUUGUCCAAUAAAUGUCCUUGCUUUCGUCCAAUAGAACCCUCGAGAUGUUAUGUAACGAUAGUCACUGUAUUCUACAACUAUUCCCAUUUCAUCUGACACUUUUUGUCAUCUUUUUUUCACGUGUACAACUCAGGUGUUUUUCUCUCCUAGACCGUUUUCUUCAGCUUGUUUUGUCGUAAUUAGGCAUUAUCUGAUCUCGUCUGCUAGUCCGACACGUGCGUCUUCAAGCACAUGGUGAAUACCAAUCCCAGAGACAUCCGUGUACACAGCUGGCCGUCUGUUGUAUAUUCACCCCUUUUACCCAUCCACUGUUCUGUUUCAGUUUUUAAUUGUUGGACCAAUAUUCCGGCAGUUUCCCAUCCAUUUCAUCCAAUGACGCGCUUUCAUUUCGAAUCAGAUUUUUCUCAUUCGCCCAUCACCGAAAUACCAGCACCGUUUCGCUUUUCUCCUUUUUCACUGGCGUUUAAUAAAUACGUAUAUUUAUUUAUGUACAUCUGUG